CACGUUGAUCUCGCGAGGUUUACACGCGGGCUCUCGGGGAAACACGCACUGCCGUCCAUCUGUCACAGAAAUGAACUUUUCCGCAGCAAAAAAUGAAAUUAAGAACUUGCUCUCCACAGUUCUGCCAACCGAUCUUUCACGGGUCAUUGAUUGGAUGAAAAACUCAGAGGAGCUGGAGGAGCUGCUGGUGGAGAACGAGGCGGUGGUUCUGAGGAGCAUCGCCGAGGAGCUGAGGAGCGGCCUCCCGGUGGAGGCCAUGCUCGUCUCGGAGCGUCUGGCCCUGCAGAAGAUGCAGCAGCAGCCCCAGCCGGCGGUGCACGUGGACGCCUUCCUGUACGACGAGGAGCAGGUGGACUCCCUGUGUGAGGACGGCCAGCUCAGCCGCACCUUCUGCCGGAGCUGCGGGUCCCACCUCACCGCCCCCCUCGAGUUCAUCUCCCACUCGUUCUCCAUCUCGGAGCUCCGGUUCCUCUUCCAGAACGUUCUUCCCGACCUGGCGGGUAGAACCCUGCUGGACGUGGGCUCUAGACUGGGGGCGGUUCUGUACGGGGGGUACGUGUACAGUGCUGCUGCACGGCUGGUUGGGGUGGAGAUCUCUGAGGAAUUUGUCAGACUGCAGAACGGAGUGCUGGAGAAGUACGGCUUCACAGACCGCAUGCAGGUGUUACAUGCAGAUGUUUGCUCUCAGCCAGCUGUGGUCCAGCAAGCUGAUGUUCUGGUCAUGAACAACGUCUUUGAGUUCUUUAUGGAGCCCAGUGAACAGAUAAAAGCGUGGCAGUUUAUUAUCCAUAACUUCCGGAGGAAAGGGUGUUUGCUGGUGACGGUUCCCAGUCUUAAGGAGGCCUUCUCUGCUCUACAGGGGGAGGGGCUAGACGCCAGCCAAUGGGUUGAAGAGCUUCCUAUCGAUUAUGAUGUGAACCUGGGAGGAGACAGCGACCCAGACGCCCUGAGACAGAUCCACCUGUACAGGGUGCUCUGACCCGACCUCUACAGGUAACUCUACAGGUGACUCUACGGGUGACUCCACCUCUACAGGUGACUCUACAGGUGACUCCACCUCUACAGGUGACUCUACGGGUGACCUUACUUCUACAGGUGACUCUACGGGUGACUCCACCUCUACAGCUCCGUCCAGACUCUGUCCAGCUGCUCCGUCCGGACCACCACACGAAGGGUUCCAGCACAAUCAGAAUCUCAACAUUGCUUCAUAGUUUGGAGGGUUUACAUAUUUUUAUACAAAUAUUUGUGUUGGUUGUGUUCCCUAACUAAACAAAUAAAGUUGGGUCAUUUCCUCUUGUUA